CCACCUCUCCUGGUCCUUCCCCUCUCUGGUCGUGGUGCGAUGCUGUCGACCGCCCUGCUGCACCUCUGCCCGCUCGCGGCCGCCGUGCCGUCACCGACACCGUGUGAGUGCGGUCGCUCGGAUGCCAAAGCUUCCACGUGCUCCGUCGAGCAGUUCCUCGACGCGACGUACUUUUGGGACUCCGUCGACCCAAUCCCUGUCGACCCAAACUGCGCCAAGGACCCAUACUCGGCGAUGGGGUCUGAGAUUAUUCAGGGCUUCAAAACUUCCGACGACGGCAACUACAGCAUCAUUCAGGGCCCGUCCCCCUUUCCGCCGGGCACCUGCGGUUUGCGCUCCUCGUCAGAUCCGCGUGUGUUCGGGCCGCACUUCUGGAAGACGUUCCACACAAUGGCUGUGAACUAUCACUCACCACCGACCAAGGCUGCACUCGGAGCUUGCUCCGCCUUCAUCAAGGCCCUGCCUUACAUGAUCCCCUGCACUCACUGCGCCUGGGACCUAGGACAGUUCAUCCAAACGAACAUUGAAAACAGCGGCAAAUACAACGAGACCUGCAUGGGAGCUACCUCGGAGCAUUUUGAUGAGUCCUUGUGCUUUGCACCCGAAGAGGCCUGCAAGUCGCAACGCUCGCUCGUCAGCUUCUUUGUUCGCGCGCACAACAACGUUAACAGCCACACGAACCCGUGCCGACCGCGCUUUACCAUCAAGCAGGGCUAUGACAUGUACAAGAACUCCUCGCCAGACUUCUGCGCGCGUGACAUCGUUUGGGGCUCGAAACAGAUUUGUGGUGGCGGGUACUGCGCCCCGCGGGGACCGUGUGAAGAGAUGGUUGGGCCGGUAGGAACCGGGACAGGAAGCGGGCCUUCGGAAAACGACUACUUCGGAACCGACGAGACAGAGGGUUGCACCCUCGACACUGCUCUUUCCUGCGGCAGCGUGGCCUGCAAGGCGGCGUGAAAAGUGCUAUAAGAAGAGAGGGGGAGGAUAGACAGUAUAUGAUAGAUGCGAUCGCCAGCUAGGCGCCCAAGAUAGAGGCCCAUUCCGAAUUAAUUAACAAGCUGUUGAGAGAGAAACAGAGAUUCUUCUCUCUCUCUGUCGCAGCUGCCUAUCUGGAAGGCACCGAGAGGUACAAAAUGGCGCAAAUGGUCAAAAUCAAAGUUUUGU